AUGCUGAGCUCACCGGUCUCGAACUCCCCCAAGAACCUCCCAGUGGAUCCGGUCACAACAGACUCGGCAUUCGCUACACCGACUGCAAGAAGUGUGAAGAAGCAGUCAACAGCUGGUGGAAGCAAAACGUCCACGGAUGGAAAGGCUCUCUGUCGAAUCUGCCUGGAUGACAGUCAGGAACACUCAAAGCUGAUAUGUCCAUGUAACUGCAAGGGUACAGUUGCAAAAACUCACUCCUCAUGCUUAGAAAAAUGGGUUGAAAUCACACAUAAUACGAACUGCCAGAUAUGCGGUACAGACUAUGAACUCGAAUCUUAUGGUUGGAAAAGAAUCACAGAAUGGAGCUAUCCACGUCCAUUAUCUAACGAAUGGGAAGACGUGCUAGACUUCCGCUGUUGCAUAGCGUGGAUCAUUUAUUUCAGUAGAUAUGUCUAUAUGAAUGCUACUUAUGGAACACAGGAGACGAAUCGUCAAAUUGCGGAAGCAAUUGGUGAUGGAGUGUUCGCGAAAUGUUGGUGGUUCGCAUUUUGGAUGAAUAUGAUCUAUUAUGGAUCGAUCACAGUAUUGCUAGCGGAUCAAUGGGUCACCGAGAAUCGUGUCUACAGAUUUCGUGAUCGUCGACCAAAAAAGUGA